AGGUAGUGAACUAAAGUGAUGUAUGUGAAUAGUGAGAAACGUGGCGCCGCGUUUUACCCCAGCUUCUCACCUCGCUGGAGGAUUUCCUUCAUAUAUGUGAAGCCUUAUCAGAAGGAAUGAGUCCCUGUCCUGUGGUAGCUGUGGGCAGAUGAUUGAUGGUAUCAGGAUAUCAACAACAGCCGGAUUAUAGCUGCUGCUGCAAAAACAGCCUCCAGAGCCAGAAUACAUAUUGCAUCUGCAGCACCGAUCUGCCUCAGGAAAAGCCCUUCCACCUUAACCGUCUUAAGGGGAUUAGGCUGAACCUAAUACUACCUCAGACUCCUGGUUCAUUCUUCAUUCAACUCUUCUGUGUGGCACUUAGUAUUUCACAUAACUAAAGCCAAUCCGGGAAUUGCUGAUCCAGGUCAGGGUGAGAACUUCCACGCUAGUUGGGUCAAACAACACCAAGUAGUUUAAGGUGCUGGUCUUCAGAGAGAGGAUUAAACCAGGAAUCUGUUCCCUCGACUCCCAGUCGUUGCCUGGAAUCAUGGGCAAUCAGCUGACUGAUAUGGCUCCCAACACCUCGUUCCUGCCAAACUUCCAGAAUCUGCACGUGGUGGUCAUUGGCCUCGAUUCAGCUGGCAAGACAUCCCUGCUCUACAGGCUGAAGCUUAAGGAGUUUGUCAAAACAAUCCCCACCAAGGGGUUCAACAUGGAGAAGAUCAAAGUGUCCGUGGGAGCAUCCCGGGCCAUAAACUUCCAGGUGUGGGAUGUGGGUGGGCAGGAGAAGCUGCGCCCUCUGUGGAAGUCAUACACGAGGAGAACAGAUGGGAUUGUGUUUGUGGUGGACUCUACUGAGAUGGAACGCAUGGAGGAGGCCAAAGUGGAGCUGCAUAAGAUCACCCGCACCUCAGAGAACCAGGGGGUUCCUGUUCUCAUCCUGGCUAACAAGCAGGACCAAGACUCAGCCUUGUCCGUCAGCGAGGUGGAGAAGCUGCUCUCCGUACAUGAACUGAGCAUGUACACGCUGUACCACGUGCAGGGCUGCAGCGCCGUGGACGGUCAGGGGCUGCAGGCGGGCCUGGAAAAACUCUACGAGAUGAUCGUGAAGAGGAAGAAGACGGUGAAACACAAUCGGAACAGAAAGAGAUGAACUCUCAGCGUAACCCGAGGAGUUUUGCUCGAUGUUGGGACACUUCCACGAUUUAAUGGUCCUCUUUUUUUUUUUACGGGAGAGUGAUUUGUGCCAACAAUUACAAACUGCCUUGGGGUCAGCGGAAAUGGAUUUGCUCACAAUACGGAGGCAGCAUUGACGGUCUUUGCGGUGCAGUCCUGUGGCUGCACUUUGGAAGCUGAACUUAAAGAUUCAAGAAGGAAAUGGACAGCAGUUAGUCAUCACUAAGUGCUUUCUUAGUCUUGAUUUAAAGGUUUCUAACUAGAUUUACUAUAGAAGCACAUUUAUAUCCUUCUAGCGAACCUUUAGAGAAGUAACACAUCUACAAACACUGUUGCUAGACUGCACAGCUUUUCCCUUGAAUGGCUAUUUUUAUUCCACAUUUUCAUCCCCAAAUGUUUAUGGAAUGCUUCAUAAUGUUUGUGCUGAACAGAGCAGGAGAUUUUAUUUCAUGUUCCUAAUAAUGUGAACUUAAACAGUGUUCAGUGGUUACAGAGAACCAAUAACUUUCUUCCUGUCGUAAGCACAGUUUUCAUCCCAGUGUUAGCGAGAGUUGUACAUUUUUGUAAAUCUGCAGACCUAACAAAUGUGUACAGAAUUUAACUGCUAUGUUGUAUUUUUAGGUAUAUAAGUGAUUAAACACCUUUAAUUCUG